GCGGGACCGAGAGCCCAGAAGGAGCGGCGGCCGCUGCGGAGCCGGCGUGAGGCGGCUGAGCCGGACGGCGGGCCGCUACGGGGCGCGGCGAGAUGGAGGUGGCGGGCGUGUCGGCGCCCACCGUGACGGUGUUCAUCAGCAGCUCCCUCAACAGCUUCCGCUCCGAGAAGCGGUACAGCCGCAGCCUCACCGUCGCGGAGCUCAAGUGUAAACUGGAGCUGGUGGUGGGCAGCCCUGCCUCCUGCAUGGAACUGGAGCUGUACGGAGCGGAUGACAAGUUGUACAGCAAGUUGGAUCAGGAGGACGCGCUGCUGGGCUCCUAUCCUGUAGAUGAUGGCUGCCGCAUCCAUGUCAUUGACCACAGUGGUGUCCGGCUUGGAGAGUAUGAGGACGUGUCCAGGGUGGAGAAAUUCGAGCUCUCGCCAGAAGCUUAUGAACGGAGGCAAAACACAGUUCGAUCCUUCAUGAAGCGCAGCAAGCUAGGCCCAUACAAUGAAGAACUUCAGGCACAGCAGGAGGCCAAGGCCGCCCAGCGCCUCAGCGAGGAGAAGGCCCAAGCCAGUGCCAUCUCUGUGGGUAGCCGCUGUGAGGUGCGGGCACCUGGCCAGUCUGUUCGCCGGGGCACUGUCAUGUAUGUAGGACUCACAGAUUUCAAGCCAGGCUAUUGGGUUGGUGUCCAGUAUGAUGAGCCACUAGGAAAGCACGAUGGCAGUGUGAACGGGAAGCGCUACUUCCAAUGCCAGGCCAAGUACGGUGCCUUUGUCAAGCCUUCAGCUGUCACCGUGGGCGACUUCCCAGAGGAAGACUAUGGGCUGGAUGAGAUGUGAUGCUGCCGGCCAGACCCCCGCCCCCGCCCCCACAGGGCCCCUCCGCUGAACGCCCGUGGCCCUUUCCCCCUGAGAUUUGUGCAUUAAAUUGUUGGAGUGAUGUUUG